AUGCAGAACAACGAAAUUGGAGAAGAACAUCAUUUUGAACCCCAGAAUGAUGCUAAGAAGAAAGACCUUGCAUUUCCCUUAUGCAGAUAUCUCGGUAAAGGAAUCACUCUUCCCAAUUGGACAAGAUUCAACACCAAACUUAUUUAUAAGAGAGACAUACCUACUCAGUCUAAAAUUGGGUAUCUGCCCAUAAUUGAUGCAAGCUCAACAGAACUUUCAACAGUAAAGGAGAUACUUAAUCAGAGUGAGAAGAUAGCCGACAAACUGAACUUGAAAUACAUGUGCUUGGUUUUUGAUGACGCAAUCUAUGCAAAAGUUCAGCAAAUUAGAUGGAAGGAAGAGGGGUAUCUCAGCCGAUUUAUUGUCCGACUUGGGGAUUUUCACAUGGCAAUGUCAUAUUGUGGAGCAAUUUCCAAACGGUUUAAAGAUGCUGGAUUAAAGGUAUUUUGAACAUGCAUAAUUGUCAUUGUUAACCCAUUAAGUUGCAGAGCUUCCUCAUUGACGAGUAAAAUCGUCUGGGGUUAGACAAGUCAACAAAGUAGGGCGCAUUUGGCCGCAUUGCAGCUCAAUGGAUAGAUACAUUGUCAUUUUCUGGUUAACCCAUUAAGCUGCAGAGCUUUUCCAUUGACCAGUAAAAUCGUCUGGUGUUAGACAUGACAAGUAAAAAAAUAAGUAGGGCGAACUUGGGUGCAUUGUGGCUCAAUGGGUUAUACAGCUUGCUCAACUCAUUGUCGAAAUCUGGUUACAAGUAAAGCCUUAACCUUCUUAUAUGUAUAUGCAAGUCAUUUAAAAAAACUAGCUUUUGCAUUUGUUUUACCAGAUAUGAAACACUUGGCCAAGCCGGGGAUUUUAUACUUGAUAAAAGAGAUGUUUGUUUUUUAAAUUAUAGUUAAAAAUGAAAAUGUUGUUGUUAUUUCUAUAGGACAUCCUUAUUGAGUCUGAAAUUGUAGCGGUUGGAUCAAUAAAUGGAGUAAUGUCGGGCAAGCACUACAACAGAAGUGUUAGGUCACACAAGGUUGUCUAUGAGGCCUUAGUACGAUUGUUGUUUCAAAGAUAUCUUGAGUCACUUUCUGCAGACAAAAAGAUGAAACUAUUACCAUGA